CUAACUUCCUGCUUCUCUCUCCAAAGACAAAUCAGAUUCAACUUCGAACAAGUUUGUUCGAAAACUCAGAUCUCACAUUUCUCCUCAGUUUUCUCUUUUUGCUUCACCUCUUAAGUUUUCGAUUUUGGCGGCUACCACCGACUAUGCGACACUAAUUCUCCAGAACUUUUCGCUUCGAUUUUGGAGGAUUUGAGCAGUAAUGGCUUCUCGCAACCAGAAUCGAGCCCCUCGGAGUCCCAAUGCUAAAAAGGAAGGCGUGGAUGAUGUUCCGUUCGACAAGCGUAGGAGAAUAGGAGUGACGAGAGCGCCGGGACAGACGGGCAGUGGGCCGCCUAGGAGACAGCCCUUUUCGUCAGUAAACAACAGACAGGAUGCUACAGCUACUGCCGCUGAUGCAAACAGUAUUGAGUCCGAGAACACGAGUGUCGAGUUCACAAAAGAAGAAGUUGAGGCACUGCUAAAUGAGAAGUUGAAAGCAAGCAAAUUUGAUCACAAGAAGAAAGCGGAGCAAUUGGGUGAUCAGAAUAAGAGGUUUAAACUUUGUGUUAAAUGGUUUCAAAGAGUUGAGGAAAGCAGCCUUCUUGAGCAGGAAAAGCUUCACAAUGCAUUGGAAUGUAGUGAAAAGAAAUGCCUUGAUACUGAGUUGGAGUUGAAGAACAAGGUAGAGGAGAUGAACCAAAUUAAUUUGGAGUUGCAGAAAACUAUUGCUACGUUGGAAGAGAAGCUAGCAAAGGAAGAGUCUGAUAAGUUGGACGCAAUCAAUUGUCAUAGAAGAGAAAAGGAGGCAAGGGAUGGUGCUGAAAAGUUGCAAGCUUCUCUUUCAGACGCUCUUGAAAAAGUAAAGCAAGAGAAACUAAUUGCUGAUCAGAGGGUUUCCACAAGUGAAGAUUUGUACAAUCGAGCCCAAGAGUAUAACAAGAGUCUUCAACAGUACAACAGCAAGCUCCAAACAGAUCUUGAAACGGCCAGUGAGUCUCUUAAACGAGUAGAAAUGGAGAAACUGACCAUUGUGGAAAACCUUAGCACUUUAAGGGGUCACUAUAAAUCAUUGCAAGAUCAGUUGAGUUCCAUUAAGGCUUCCCAAGAUGAUGCCAUAAAGCAAAAAGAUACGUUGCUAAAUGAAUUGAAAUGCCUUCGAGGAGAGCUGCAACAAGUGAGAGAUGACCGUGAUCACCGAGCUUCACAAGUGCAAGCUUUGACUUCUGAAAUGGAGAAACACAAAGAGGUUUAUGGGAAGUCACAUGCAGUGUUAGAUGACUUAACAAUGAAAACAAAUGCGUUGGAGGAUGUAUGUUCAUCACAAAGGGAGCGAAUACGUCUACUUGAGCAUCAACUAGCUGCUGCAAAUGAAAAAUUGAAGAUGGCGGAUUUAUCAGCUUCAGAAACAAGGGCAGAAUUUGAAGAGCAGAAGAGAAUUUUGAGUGAGCUACAAGACCGCCUUGCAGAUGUUGAGUUCCAAGUAGUUGAAGGAGAAAAGUUGAGAAAGAAGCUGCACAACACCAUUCUGGAGCUUAAAGGAAAUAUUAGAGUCUUCUGUCGGGUGCGGCCUUUGUUGCCGGAUGAAAGUGCUGGAUCAGAAAACCCUGUCAUUUCUUAUCCUACGUCAACAGAAGCUCUUGGAAGGGGUAUUGACGUGUUACAAAGUGGGCAGAAAUAUCCUUUUACUUUUGACAAAGUAUUUAACCAGGACGCGUCUCAAGAAGAUGUUUUUGUAGAAAUAUCACAGCUGGUACAGAGUGCGCUUGAUGGCUACAGGGUUUGCAUCUUUGCCUACGGUCAAACAGGGUCUGGCAAAACCUUUACCAUGAUGGGUAGACCAGAAACCCCAGAGCAGAAAGGGCUAAUACCACGCUCAUUAGAACAAAUAUUUCAAACUAGUCAGGCUCUUCAAUCCCAAGGCUGGAAAUACAAGAUGCAGGCCUCAAUGCUAGAGAUAUACAACGAAACAAUUCGUGAUUUGUUAUCAACAAGCAGGUCAAGUAAUGCAGAUAUGAUGAGGACUGAAAGUGGGGUUCUCGGAAAGCAGUUUACAAUUAAACAUGAUGCAAAUGGAAAUACUCAUGUUUCAGAUCUCACCAUUGUUGAUGUUUGUAGCCUAAAAGAGGUCUCCUCUCUUCUACAUCAGGCGGCACAGAGCAGGUCUGUUGGCAGGACACAAAUGAAUGAGCAGUCAUCAAGGAGUCAUUUUGUGUUCACGCUGCGUAUAUCCGGCGUAAAUGAGGGUACUGAACAACAAGUUCAGGGGGUCUUAAACCUUAUUGACCUUGCUGGAAGUGAGCGGCUCUCGAGGAGUGGUGCAACUGGAGACCGUUUAAAGGAAACACAGGCCAUCAAUAAAAGUUUGGCAUGUUUGAGUGAUGUUAUAUUUGCUUUAGCAAAAAAGGAGGACCAUGUACCUUUCAGGAACUCAAAGCUAACAUAUCUUCUUCAGCCUUGUCUAGGGGGAGAUUCCAAGACAUUGAUGUUCGUAAAUUUAUCCCCAGAUCCAUCUUCAAUUGGCGAAUCACUCUGUUCGCUUCGAUUUGCAGCAAGGGUCAAUGCCUGCGAAAUUGGGAUUCCGCGCCGACAAACAACCAUGCGGAUCACUGAAUCUCGCUUGAGCUGUGGAUGAAACGUAACCCAGUGUCUCUUGUAUUUGCCAUGCUUUUGUAGAAUGAAAUGACAAUAGGGUCUUGUGUCCCACCAUUUGUUUGUAGAUGCUCAUUUUAAGCUACUAAUUUGUACGUGUAAAAUUUGUACUGAUGUUAGGAAUUCUGGGAUUCCUGUGUCAGUAUAAACUUAUUCCUUUGAUUAACAAUCAUUGAAUUAAUAUUAAAUUUCAUAGCGGGAUGUGUUAUCGUAUGAUGUAUCCACGCUAUAGGAGUCUUGGGACUU